AAAAAAAACUCUCCCUUUUCUCUCCCGUCCUUCAUUCCCUCCCUCCCUCCUUCCCUCCCCAUUUUAUGAAUCUUAGUAUUUUUGGAUAUAUCGUGUAUCACACCCCCUCCUCCUCCCCCCGUGGAUGUGUUCCGAGGUGGAGGAGAAGCAGAAAGAAGGAAGUCAUUGAGAGCCUCGGGGUGUGUGUUGUGUGGGGCGAUGAGAGAGCGAGCCGAGCCGUUUGUUUUUUUUCCUCUGUUUUUCCUCUCCGCGGCUUUGUCGUUGGUUCUCGCGCUGCAGUAAACAGAGCUCGAGCCCAGUCACGUGGAGCGAAGCUAUAUUUUUGUUUCCUUGGAUCUGCCGUGGAAGCGCUGCAUGGCUACAAUGGCUCCAGCUCUGACAGAAACAGCCACCGAGGGACAUGGAUUCCAGCUGUCUUCAUCUUCUUUACCUUCGAGUUCUAUUGAACUUGACACAUUUGUGCACAAAAGUGACACUGCUACAGAACAACAGAAGCUAAAUGGGGAUUGUGAAACACAGUCUGCUUGGUCUCAACUUACUUAUCCACAUACAGCUCACGGGCUCAACACUGAUGCAAAAGAUUUGAAACAUUUACCUUAUGGAUCUGCAAUUAUACACUCAUCAAUCCCUAAUAAUACAGCCUUGUUAACCAGUACUAGUUCAUUAUUAGACAUACUUUCUUUAAACUAUAAUCUUACUAGUAGAAAGAAAUUAUUUAAUAAGGACACACCAGCUAUUCUUACUAAAAAUAACAUAUGUUAUGAUAGAAUAAAGUCAACAUCUGCUUCUAAUGUUAACAAAAAAUAUAUUUUACCUGAAGCAAAUCUAAGUCGUAAUAAAAACGGUACAAAAGAUUUAAGGGGCCAAAAAAACAGUCCUUUGAAGAGUAAAGGCAUGUUAAGUGCUACUAGUAAAAUGCAUUUGGCUUGUGAUUCAGCUUCGGUGAACCUUUAUGCUUCUGGUGGUACAUCCGCAACUGAACAAGCAGAGUUUAGGCCAAGUAAAAUUAAUAGUACUUCUAGUGCUCCAGCAGUGCAUAUUCGUCAGAAAGGUAAUUUAUUGAAUGGUGCCAGACAGUCAGUACUGCAGAGAAAAGAAGAAAGGCUACUCAGUCAUUCCACAAGUGCAAGGGAAGCUGAGAUGAAUACUCAGCUGCUUCAGUGUCUUGGCAGACAGCAAGAGCUAGCUAAAAAGGCCAGCAGACUUAGAAAACGCUUGCAAGAAUUCCAGGCAAAACAUGUUGAGUACCACGUUAAGCAUGAAAUGCAGAAACUAGUAGAAUACAAGCACCAAAGUCAGGAAGCACUUCAUGGCUCUGUUAGACAUUUGGAUGAUGUGUUUAACAGUUCAGAAAAUAAACCUGCAGUUAUUGCUGAAAUAAAACCAGAUAACAGUGGGCAGACUGGUUUGAUUCCAAAUCUCGACAACUGUGAACUCUAUAAAUACACCUCCUAUUCCAAAGCUCUGCUUUCGCACGUAGAAGAAAACGUGGACUCUGAUGCAACUGGAAGCAGCUCAGAUGGGGAUUCUGAUAGUGAAGAAAUUUCACUGAAAAGGAGUGUAUCAGAGUCUGAAUGGAGAUGGAACAUGGAUCGAACUGGCAUUGCAAGUCGCUGGACAUGGCUUCAAGCCCAGAUCUCAGAGCUGGAAUAUAGAAUACGGCAGAUAAAUGACAUCUACCGGCAUAUACGUGCUACAAAGGGGAUGGUAAUCCUAGAAGAAUCCCAGCCUUCCAAAGACAUUCUGAAAAAGCAGAAGUGUUUGACAGAAGCAGGAGCUUUACUAAAUGCAACAGGGGAUAAUAAAACCUCUAUAGAGAAAAAGGAUUCAACUCCGGAAUGCAAUUUGGAAAUGUCACCAAGCAGUCCUUCUCUUCUUUUGAGAAAUAUAGAUAAACAGAGUGCACAGCUAACAGAAUCAGUCAACAGUUUGAUUCCUCCGCUCAACUUAUCUCCUGAUUCUUCUCCUGUCUCCUCUAAGCCUUGCAGACGACUUGAUGGAAUUAAAUGCAGUAUUUUAGGUGGUGAUGAAUCCAGCUCUUCAAACAGCUCUGUUUCAGAGGAACGUUUUUCUAAGAAAAAGCACCUGGACAGGACUGCACAGAGGCUUCUCUCUGUGGAUGACACGUGUGCAUCAGCCAGAACUAGGCCUCUUCGAACAUGGCAUAAACGAAGACUUUUCAGCUCUGUAUAUAAUGGAAGCAGAAAGGCUACAGCUAUGCAGUGUAAAUGUUCCUGGCCAACAUUCUGUAAAAUCUGUGGCUUCAAUAUGGCAAUAGACUCGAUGACAAUGACCUUGGAAGAGCAAGUAGCUCUGCUGGAUCCUUGCUUCCACCCAGUGUUGUCAUUCCAUUGUGAUGUUCCUCUUAAUAUACACUUACAAGCUGUGUUCUAUAAGGAGGAAUGGAACAAUCGACCAAUUCCAUUAUUUAUGAAUGAAUUAAAGUCUUCCUUAUCAAACAAUACACCUUGUAAACCCCAUACAUGUGAUGAUAACUUGGUUUUGGCCAGAUGCAAUGGCACUAAAGACAGUUAUGCAAAGGUGCCCAAGCAGCAUUGGAAUGAGUCACCAUCUGCCGCUAAGACUCCAACAGAAGGGCUAAGGAAAUCCUUCAGAGAAAUAAAAAAGAGACAUUCUAAUGAGAAAACAGCUGUUGUAAGUAAACGACAUUGUGGUCCAGAGAAUUCCAGUGAAUCCCCAUCAGCUUCAUCAAUGAGACACAUACAGACACCAGUGCCUGUUCAGCAAACUCCAUGUUCCAGCCCAAUAGAUAUCUCAACACCAAGAUCAACACCAUCCCACAGACCAUUUUCACAGAUGAAAGAUAAUCUUUUACGACAAAAGCAGCAAAGUGAAUUCUGCUAUGAUAUUGACAACAUUGUGAUCCCCAUGUCGUUGGUUGCCACCUCCAAGAUAGAGAAGCUUCAGUAUAAGGAAAUCAUCACACCAAGCUGGCGAAUUGUUGAUAUGAAACCUUUGCAUUCACGGGAAAAAGAGCUGGAAAACACUUCAGAUGAAGCAUUUGCUUCACGGCAUAAAAAUUAUGAAGAAAGAGAACAAGCAAGGUGGUUCUUGUGGGAGCAAAGCAGAUGUCAUCGAAGAAGUAACAGGAUAUCAUUUAGUAAGAACACUGAUGGGCAUUUGACCUCACCGCUUCCACCUGCUUCUUCAGACAGUGAAAACCAGUUCAACCCCUGCAGCUCAGUGCACUGUGUGUCUGAAAUAACACAGAGUGAAGAGACUUACUAUUUGUCCCUGGAAGGAGUACAUGAUCAAAUGAUUGAAUGCCCAUGGAAUUGUCGCACUUUUCCUUUGAGUGACAAAGACAUAAUUGCCUUAACUCAGGAGGACAGUAUUCCAUGUGGCCCUCUACAAAUCUCAAAGUCUUGCUUCGCAUCACCCAGUUUGGACACUGCAGCUUAUAACCUAUCCUCAUGUGUCACUCCUCCUUCAGUUCCAUCACCAUCUACUGGCCAGGUAAAUGCUGGUGCAAUACAAGAAGAAAUAGCACAGCAAGGUGAAUAUAGAGUCAAUCACCGGAGUCACAUUACAAAGAAACAAUGGCGAUAAACAUGGGGAGUUAUUUUGCAAAUACAGGAGAAAAAUAAUGAAUAAUCAAAAGACUAAAACAAUAAAUUGAAGGAGACAACCACAACAAGAAGCCACAGGAGGGAAUCAAAAUACACCUGCAAUACGCUUUGGACUGAUUUUAGUGCAAAAGCUCUAAAAUGCAACUCAACAACCAUGCAUAUUUUGAAUCAAAUUCCAGUGGCUGCUUAACAUCAAAGGAAAUGGGUGCAGAUCAUUUGACAGAAUGUCAAAGUCUGAAAAAGCAUCCAGUCCAGUGGAGAAUUUACAGUGCAUUAAUGGACAUUCAACACUAUGCUUUUACUGGGCAUUUCUGCAUAUUUGACCAGCAGCUGGCUCUGUGGUCCUAGCAAUUAGAUCAAGACAAUUCUUGAGUAAAUUUUAUGUGUUCAGAUGUUGUUCAACUGCUUGUUCUGUUUUAUUUUGUCACACCUUGUUGCCUUGUAACAGUUACUUUUUAAAGUAAAGAUAUUUUAGUAAAGA